CUUCUCAGAGAUGCGCCAGGAGUGCAAGUGCCACGGCAUGUCAGGCUCCUGCACCGUGCGCACCUGCUGGAUGCGGCUGCCCACCUUCCGUGCCGUGGGCGACGUCCUGAAGGAUCGCUUUGACGGCGCUUCCCGCGUCAUCUACGGCAACAAGGGCAGCAACCGGGCAUCGAGGGUGGAGCUGCAUCACUUGGAGCCUGAGAACCCGGCCCACAAGCCUCCUUCGCCCCACGAUCUCGUCUACUUCGAAAAAUCCCCCAAUUUCUGCACCUACAGCGGGAAGAUGGGCACAGCAGGCACGGCCGGGAGGUUCUGCAACAGCUCCUCACCGGGGCUGGACGGGUGUGAGCUGCUGUGCUGCGGGCGUGGGUACCGCACGCGCACCCAGCGCGUCACCGAGCGCUGCAACUGCACCUUCCACUGGUGCUGCCAUGUCAGCUGCCUCAACUGCACCAACACCCAGGUGCUGCACGAGUGCCUGUGACCCGCGCCGGGACCACCCUGCCCAGCCCCGGAGGGGGUCUGCGCCACCCACCCCCCAUGACGGGUGCCCGGCUGGAUUGAAGGCACCCAUGGGUGGGGGUAUGGAUGUGUCCUAGGGACCCCCAUCCUGCCACGGGUGGGCUCAGUGCCACGCACCUUCCCGGCCACCCCCCGGCUCCACGGGGUCCCUUCUUGCUGUAAAUAAAAUAUUUAUUGUGGACGGUUUGGUGCCGCCGCCCCCACCCUGCUUCGUUGGCCCCAGGCCCUGUUUUUAUAAUUAAAGAUAAUAAUUAAUAAUAAUUAAUAAUAAUGAUGCUUUGUUACAGGUGUCAUUGAUAGCCUUUA